AUGGAUAUUAAAAGAAGGGUCAUUCGUGAAAUGCGUCUCGCCGAGUUAGAAACCAUCCGAUGGGAUCAAAAGGAAAAUUUUACUGCAUAUAUAACAAGAUUUCGUGAUCUUGUUAAUGCUUCUGAGAUGGUUGAUGCUCCUGAACUAGAUAAAAUAGAAUUGUUUUUGCAAACUCUCCCACUCGACCUCAUCAAAAUUAUUCGAAAACAAAUCACCGAUCAAAAAAUCCUCGAUCCAAACUUCAAACCUACUUUGAAGCAAAUAAUGGAAGUUGCCGCAAACAACGCCGACGAAAUCGGCAAUAAAUCUUUUUCAAAAUUAAUCUGGUUGUUAUGCGAUAAAUUGUGGUCAAAUUUGAUUUUUUUAUCUGUGAAAUCCAUCCGCAAUCCCAAGAAUUCUGCCGUAUGCAUCGCCACCUUAGGGCUGUUAAUCAUUUUUCUAGUACGUUGGUUUUCGGAUGCUUUCGAGCCAAGCAUUUUCAGCAAAUUUGUGGAUUCGACUGAUACUAUAUUCAAAGACAUCAAUGCAGUUAAUCUUCCAGGAUCAAACGAAGUCAUGAAACACACUGUGGCGUGUAGGCGAGCUGCAAAUAUGGUUGAAAGAGAUCCAGCUUUCAAAAACAGUGGCCACGUAAUUGCCAGUAAACUUCGACAAUUCGGAGAGAAAGUUAGUGAAGCAGGGAAUGACCUACAGAUAAUGUAUCGCAAAGGAUCCUUCGUCUUUGAAACUUUUAAAAUUGAAAUUGAAGCUAUGAUGGACAGACUCGAUACUCAGGAUCGCAAUAAAGGCGAAUUCUUUAGGGAAAGAAUCAAAAAAAUGAUUUUGACAGUCCAAGAUUUUAGUAAAAAAGUUAAGAUAGCAAAGGAUUCUAUGUUGAAUGCAGAAAAUCAUCGUGAUGGUCUUGAGAAGGAUAUUCUUACCGGAAUUAGGGAGGCAGAAAAGUUUAUAAACACUGGAUCUAAUUCAGUCGAUUUGAGGAAAGCCAAAGAUGGACUUGGUGCAAUUAAUGACAUCCUGUACCAUCUUCAUAAUACGGCUGUUCAUUUGGAUGAAGUAAUUAAGAAAUUAAGAAAUUAUGAAAAUAAAUUAACUGAUGUACAGGCUGAAUUGUCUGAUAUUUUUGUUGUUACUAAAAGCGAUUUUAAAUUUUUAUUAGUUGCUGUGCAAGCUUUGCAGCGUAGCCAUCAUAAAUUUAUGGCAAAAGAAGAUAGUUAA